AUGGAGAAAUCCUUUGCAGGUUUACUGCGUAACUCGCGAUUAGCAAGCUAUGAUCGCAAAUUAGGACAAGUAUACGAAGUAUCAAGAAAGAACCAGAAGAAGGGCAACUGGGGCUUAAAGCGCAACCUACCGAGUGUCAUUCGUACCCCUUUUGUGACGAUCGGUGAUCUCGACACAGCCGAACACCAAACGCCAUGGCAGUCUGGCACCAGCAAAGUCAUGUUUGUUCGUCGAUGGAAAGAGAAUUUCCCCAACUCCAGAAGGCCUGCACCACGACCUGAACACGUCGAUCACAACGUUGCAUUAAUGACGCCUGCUGAUUUCAAACGCUUUGUUAAAUCUGCCUCUAAACGUGCACCACAGUUCCAGCAAGAAAUUAAAGACAAAAAGUUAAAACCGGAACAAGUCUACGAAUACCUGGGCGCUACAUUCAGCGACACACCUUCUACGAGCGUUGUCGGUCCUACAUACAGCGAGCACGAUGUCGGUAUGAACUAUCCAGUCGAGGGACGAUUCCUCAAUGUUGAUCGACAAGGUUAUGCCGUCGGUGUUGCUGGCAUUGUUGCACUGUGCCAGAAGCGAUACAUGGACACUGUAAGAUACCACGGUGACCGACGGCAACGGGUAUUCUAUGUCGAAGAUGCUUCUAUAGAUGCUCAAGGACGACCUGCUGUCAUGGUACGACCGAACCAGCCUGGAUCUUCGUCUAUCCCUGCCAUCUUGGGCACAAAUGAACGGUACACAGCCGGCUCAAUGAACGCUAGCGAUAUGUUCAACACCUCACGAUCCCGAACCCGCAACAACCCACCACGCGAAGAAAGACCUGAUAACUCUCAAGAAAACCCGCACCACGAAGUGCUUAUGGAGCAGUUCAAUGUGCUAAAGAAUUUGGAAAAGAAGAAGGAUGAAUAA